AUGGCCCCCGAAAGUGCACAAGUAACCAGUUUCGACGCGUUCCUCCAUAGUGUGAGUGCUUGGGAGCACCUUCUCGAGUCUGAUGCUCAGGAAACAGCGCAGAAGCAACUGAACGUCCUUCGACGCUCAGUGCCGCGCCAGCGGACCCCGAACGAACCAACACCCAGAGACGCAGCACACGCCCUCGAGACACUCUGGCUGAAGAAACACGCUGCCCUGUGGUAUCGCUGGACGCCGACCCUAUGUCAGGGAGUGCGAAACGGACGCGCUGCUUCCUGCUCGCUGCUGUGCUUCCUUUUCGACGGGGCGCAGCGUUUCCUGUACCCGCUCUGUGGGAUGGUACUCAAGGCGCCACGACGUGCGACACGCAUGGAAGGAGCACCAAACGCAACCAGCACCAUGAAGAGCGCUCGACAGCAGACGUUUGUGCCCAUGUCGGAACGGUAUCGGUUGCAUCUUCAACUGGUCUACGAUACACUGGUCGAAACGAUGCAGGCGCAGCUGACCCAAGCUGCAACUGCAUUGACCGGUAUAGUCAGCAGGGGAGGUGUGGAUUCCAGCACCUCGACCUGUCAGCUCAUGCGCUGCCUCGGGGUCGUGGUGCAGAAUACGCCAUCACGCUGUCUCCCGAGCGCACAGCUCAAGACCGCCGGGAACCUGCUCUGGGACCAGUACGCGCUUUCACUUGGGCCAGAGCUUGAAACGCUUCGAGCAGCGGCCAUCUCCUGUCUGAAAAGUAUUCAUGAUCGUCUACAAACCAUACCGCCGCUGGAGCAGCUUUUAGCGAAUCCGCUGCGCUGGAAUGAUGCGCACGUGGUUUCGUUCGUGGAAGCCAUGCUAACACUACGCAUGCGUCAUCUGAGCAGGGUCCAAGAAUCCGCACCCGACAGCACUGCCGUCGACGAACUGGUACUUGCGAUGGUCGAGCAUCAUUUUCGAAGUGCAUCGACGAGUCCAGCGCUGCGACUACAAAGCGCCCGUCUCUUGCGCUUGCUGUUGCGCUCGCGGCCAUCGAUCGCAAGUUCGCGUAACGCACUCCUGUUCCGCAUGUUGAAGGAUCCCUUCCACGCGGUACGUGUGGUUGCCAUCGCCUGUUUGAGUCAGCCUGGAAUUGGAGCCGCAGGCACGCCGCUCUUUCGAGAGCUCGAGGCGUUAACCGCUGACCCCAUUGCAUCGAUGCGCGCCGCUGCGUGUACCGCAUUAGGGCGGCUCGCGGCGGAUCCAGGCGCGUUCAUCCCUCAAACAGAACCUACGAUCAUUCUCGAUAACGACUGGAAUGCAUUGAAAGGGCGUGCGAUGGAUCUUCUACUGAAGCGACUCGAAGAAGAUCCAAAUGUCCAUGUUCGAGCAGCUGCCGCCUACUCGUUGAGCCAGUUCUGCACGCAUGCAGAACGCUUGGCGGCGCGACUCCCCGAGAGGAUCAUCGAAUUGGCGAUUGAUGAACUUCGACGUGCACCAUAUUCGAGUCAAGCAAGCGCGUACUGUCGCCUUCUGGGUGCGUCCGUCCCGUCCGAAGCACAGCGAACACAGAUCGUUGUGGUGAUCGGGGAUAUUGUGCAGGGUGCACGUCGAAAGGCGCUGCGCCAACAGGCGAUCCUGGCGCUGGCGAAGCAUGUACGACCUGCCGACGGGGCGGCACGCUGGUCGCUUGCACAGAAGCCGGACAACGAACUGGACCUGGAUCAGUGUGGACGAAACGCUGCGCCAGCGGAAACGCCACAUCAGGAUGCGGUUGCUUCGAAUCGGACGGGAGCGUAG